AUGGCCUCAAAUCCGGAUCCAGCGUCGGCAAACCCCAAAGAUAUAUACGAUGGUCCUGUCAAGCAGGAUGUUAGCGCAGGCGUUGUGAUGCCCGCUUUGGCAGAGGGUGAUACGCCCACGACUUCCAAGUGGGAAAUCUGGAGUUGGUAUGCCUACUACAUCGGUGCCAAUGGACUCGCCCUUUUCAACUUUGGACCAACUGCCUUUCAAAACUUGCUCGAUCAGGCGGCGCCAAAAGAUACCGGCCUUUUAUCUUUUGCCGGUCGGGAACGAGAUGUCAACAGUAUCGUUCUACUUGCCAAUGGCAUAUCUUUUGCUCUGCAAGCCGUUCUCUUCCUCAUCAUCGGAGCAUAUGCAGACUUUGGCACUGGACGACGAUGGAUUUUGGUGGUCUGGUCAAUUGUGGCUUACGGAAUCGGUUUUGGCUGGCUGGGAGUUCACGAUCCCAGUCAAUGGCAGACGGCGACAGGCUUGUACAUCGUCGGCCUAAUCGCGUACCAGAUGACUCUCACAUACUGGACAGCGGCAUUUCCAUCCCUUGCGCGAAAUACACCUCAGUUGAAAGAAGCAGCGCUACAAUUCGAGUCGGGUGACAUCACACAACAAGAAAUGGAUCGAAAGGACGAAAUGGAGAGGAGUAGGCUCAGCAACGUCGCUUUUUACAUCCAAUCCGUUGGUGAAGUCGUCAUUUUGGCUAUGAUUGUGGGUGUCAUGUUUGGCGUCAAAGUUGACAAGAGUCCAGAGAAUAAUAACUGGGGGCUUUCUGUGCUGAUAGCAUUUGCAACUGCUUGUUGGCUUGUACUCUCGGUCCCCUGGUUCAUCCUCGAGAAGAAACGUCCUGGCAUGAAAGUUCCGGAUCACUUGAAUAUUAUUACAGUUGGGUUUUGGCAGCUUUGGGAGGCUCUCACUCAGAUUUGGCACUUGAAGCAGAGCUUGAUUUACCUUGUUGGUUAUUUCCUCUUGGGAGACUCGCUCAACACCACUGUGACAGUCAUUGGCACACUACAGAAUCAGGUUGUCAGUUAUGAAACAUUGACUCUGACCUACCUUCUCAUCGUCGGCAUUGUUGCUCAAGCUGUCGGAAUUGGUGCUUUUUGGCUGAUUCAGAAGAAGUUCAACCUUAGCGUCAAAGCCAUGUUCAACGCUGUCAUGGUCUUCAUCAUUCUAUUAGAUGGAUGGGGCAUGAUUGGAAACUGGACUGACAAGUUCGGAUUCAAGAAUGUCUGGGAGAUCUGGCUGUAUCAAGCUUUUUACGGACUCUUUGUUUGUCCAUGGUACAGCUACUCUCAAAUCAUGAUCAGCUCUGUUACGCCUCGAGGCCACGAAUUCCUUUUCUUCUCUCUGUUCAACAUCAUUGGCAAAUCGUCCAGCUUCAUCGGACCUUUUAUCAGCAGUGCUAUUAUCGAUGCGACUCCGGGAGGCACCAACAAUAGCGCCCCCUUCUAUUUCUUGUUUGCUCUGAGCUUAGUUAGCGCAAUUGGAAUCUGGUCCUUCUUAGAUUUGGAGAAGAGUGCGAGAGAACAAGAAGCUUUUAUUGUGGAAGAGAAAAUCCGCAUGGGCGAGGACUCGGAUACCAGCAAAACUGUCUAG